CUGACGGUGAUGGUUAAGGGGUGCGGUGCGAUGUCCCGGGUGCCCGUACCCGCUCCCCUUCCGAUCGAUACGAGCGAUGGAACGCUGAUAUGCUCGUGAUCGAGAGCAUUCGUUGGAAAGGUGGUCUGAGAUCGAAGCAGGGAGGAGGAGACGAGAGCAGGAUGACGAGGGGCAAGCAAAAGAUCGAGGCGCAGCGGAGGAACGCCGAGAGGAACCAGAAGCCCAAGGGUUCGCAGCUCGAGGCGAGGGCCGUCGGCCUCAAGGUCAUCUGCCCCAUCUGCAAGGUACAACUUGCGAAUCAUAACCAGCUGGUGGAUCAUUAUGGCUCGAAGCAUCCCAAGGAGAAGCCUCCGAGCGAGUCCGAGUGAUCCAUCCCCCCGCCAUAGGAGUGUUCCGAACCUGCUUACUACAUACGAAGACUUGGAAGAAAUAUAUGUAUCUAUCUUAAACCGGGAUAUGCUAUAACUCGAAUUCCAACUCUCUGACCA